AUUUGAACUCCUUCCUUUUGUUUUAGUUAAGAGUGUGUUAAAUUUCCUUAGUAUAUAUAUAGAGAGAGUGGUGUCAUUAGCCAAAUCACUUUUUCAAUGUGUUUCAAAAAGUGAAACUUUUGGGUUUAUGAGAGAGAUAAUAUACAAGGCAAAAACUGGCUUGAGUGUCCAUCUUGUGAAGUGAAUCAACAUAGCUGCCAUGUUGAUGGCAAUGCAAAAUUAUAUAGAUACAAGUCUUCUGGCAGGUAAUAUGUGGAAAAUAUUGGAUGUAAAUAGGUCUUAAGUUUGUGACGUAACUAACUAUUCUUAAUUGAUUUGCAACAUUCUGUAUUUACAGAAGAAAAAGGCCAACGUUCUAUGUGAAUGGAUUGUUCUCAUCUAAUGACAAAGUUGAGAAGUACAUAAGAAAAAUAUAUGGCGAAAAAAGAGGCACAAAAAAGAUUGAAACUGAUUAUCAUUGUGGUGGUGUUUGGAAUGCAGCAAAAAAUGCGAAAAAGAAAACAAACUCUCUUGACGAAACAGGUAUUGAACUGGCUUCGUGUCGUUACAGAAUUGCGCAUGUUUCAUGUGCGCAUGUUUCAAGGAGAACUUUUUGGUUACCCGCUGUAUUUAAUGAAAACAUUUAUGGCUGAAAAAAAUGUAAAGUUCUGUUUUGCUGAUGUAAUGUGCAAGUUAUGGAAAUUUGUGAAACAACAUGAGCCAUCUCUUCGGUCUUUGUUAAGACCAGCCUUAUCAGUUAUGCAUGCGAAGGGUCAUGCCCUAAACUGCCAGAUAUUGUGGAGUGGUGAAUGGUUAGAAGGCACCGGAAAGUCGACUGGAGAAGAAACUGAACAAGUGUUUGGUUAUCUGUCAAGAUGUAGAAAUACGACUAAGCACCAGACUCCUGAGAAUCGUGAAGAAACAAUAACUGAAAUGGCAAUGUUCUGGAAUAAACGAAAGAUAUUAAAUAUUAUCAAAGAACUUAGUAGGAGGUUUUUAAAGUGCAAACAUGACAUAGUCAAGGCCGACGAUGCUCUUACAAAAGUAAAACAAGACACUGGAUUACAUGAAAUGGAAAAAGAAGUGGAUAAAUGGAUCAAUGACAUGAAAGUAUCAGCUUCUGGUAACGUACUUUUAUAUUAUUAUCGAUUCCUUGAGUUUGGGCUGGAAGAAAAGCAACAUGAACUUCAAAGGCUUCUGAAUAUACCAGCUUGUAUAGAAUCCAUUCUGGAAUCGUAUUCACUGCUUAAAAAUGAUAUAUGGAAGCCGAUAUAUCAAAGAGAAAUUGAUAAAGCUUUCAUGGUAAAAGUGUCUUGGGGAAUGCAGAUCAAAAAAAUUGCAGACACAAGUAAAAGACGUCAUGUUGUUAGAGCGAAGUUUGGUGUUGCUGAUAAGGCAUUGAAGGAAUUAAUCGUUGAUUACUGCCGUGUUUAUUCAAUAGAGAACGUUGAAGAGGUAUUUAGAUGUUGUGAGACCGGAGAAUUUCCUUGGAUUGGUAUCUCAUCCAGAGGCGAACCUUCAGCUACUGAUCGCCAACUGUGUGCUGAACUGACACAAAAAAAACGUCGUCUUGUGGAAGAACGUGAAUUACUUUCAACAGAUAUGAAGAGUUGCAUGAAGUAUUAUUGUUUAAAAGUCGAGACUUUAAACAGCCGUAUUAAAGACUUUGAAAAACAAAUCUCACAAUCAGGAAGCAUGAAUGAUAAAGAGGAUCCGCACGAUUUGGAAAAUAGUCAAGCCUUAUUUGGCGAAUUAAUUUUAAUGAGAAAGGGUCUACUUUUCUAUCAAAAUUGUCUUGAAAAGGCUGUGUCCGUCUUUCAAAAGUGCAUUAAUCUUGGUAAUGUCGAAAUAUUACAAAAUUCAGAAACAGAAGGCGAUGGAGACGAAUAUGAUUCUGAGGACGACAACGCACGCGACAACGAUUUUGACAUGUUGGAUAAAGAAAGUACUUCCGACGUAGAAGAAGUUUAUUUUCCGAAUAACGAGGUCAACAGCGAAUUUGUACUGGCCGUUGGAAUAGAACUUGCGCAAGGCUACAAGAAAGACCCCUUGGUUGUAAAGGAAGAUAGUCACACAAAAACAUGCAUGUGUCCGUUAUCUUUGUGCCAAAGUCUUUUAAAUAACGCAAACGGGAGUAACGCUUGUGUAGUAAUUUCUUUAAUUAUGGGCUACAUGCUUACUAAAAACCCGACAGUGUUUUCGAAUCUUCAAGUAAAUCAUGAUUCGUCUUGUUUUUUGUCUAUUUUUUGUGGAGCAAUCGAAGUUGGGAAUUACUUGUACACAAAAAACUCAAUGGAAGGAUUUCUCACUGUUGUUGAAGGAUUGGAUAUUCUGCCUGAAUAUUUCAAUUUAACAAUUCAGGAGGAAUUUAAUUGUAACAUGGACGAAAAUGAUAAUUCGUUCCUGAAAUACCUACGAGAGAUACAAGUUACUGACACUAAUAAUUUUGUAAUAACCGUUGCGCGCGGUAAAUCCAUGUGUUGGACAAUAACGAAGGACGGUAUUUUUUGCAUUGACUCCCAUCGCAAUGGCUGUUACGGCGGAAAGGUUGUGAGGUUAAAGUACAUAGAUGAUCAAAUCAAUACUGUAAUUUUAGAUAUUAUUUCUGAUCCUUUUUUUUACUACUGUAGCAUUGAGGUGUCAUAAAUACAAUUAUCCAAUCAAAAUUCUUGUUUUC